GCACAGCAGCAGGAUCGCUAUCCGGGUUUGGUGUGUGAAGACACAGGAGGAGGACUGCAGAGGUUUGCUGUCUUGAGCAAGGAGUUGACCUUUCACCUCCAACAGCUGCAGACAGAGACUGAGCACGAGCUCGAGAAUUUACAGAAGAAGCACCUGCACAUUGAUGGUCGUCUACAACAGCUGACCUCUGAGUUGCUUGUGCUGCGAGAGAAGAAGAAACAAAUCCAGCAAGAAUUCACGAGUGCCCCCACCCUUCAAACAUCCACUGUGCAGUUGUGUGCUUGUCAGGAACUUCAGGCCUCCGUCGGUGAGAGCUUGAUCCAGUUCGAGAGGCUUGUGUUUCAAAAGGAGGCACUGAGCGCCCUUCGUAACCUUCUGAGCCAAGACCUGCACAGAUAUCAGGAAGAGACUACGAGGCUAACAAGUUUCACAAAGGUCAUACUCAACCAAUUGCACAGGUCAAAAGAGGAAGAAGACAGCUCCACCAACAGCCCAAGUGGCACCAGCAUGCAGGAAAAGAACGAGACAGUGCAACAAAGCAACAUGCAUAUGGCCGAGUCUUCUCCCUCCCGCUCGCCACUUAGUCCUCAGCAGACCGCCAACAAAGAAGAGGCCAAACAGAACUGGAGAGCCUGUCAGAGGAAUGCAGGUCUCUCAAAUCUGCAACGAGCUGGCAGCGUCAAAGAUCUUAUCAGUAAAUUCUCUGGUCCAGAUUACGACAUGUAUCUCAGGUCUCCUCUGAGUCUUUAUUCUGGAGCAGGAAGAGUUCAAAAGCUCACCUUCUCUGAGGCUUUUAGUUCUCCACAGUCAAAGUUGAGUCCGACCGUUAUCUGUCAAGACAACAAUCCAGUUCCAAGCAUCUCUGUGACUCCUCCAUUCAAGGAAGAGAGUCGGAGUGCGGACGUAUCUGUUCAAAGAGUCGUCCAAAGUAGCCAGAUAACUGCAAGAAUUGAUUGUCCUGUAGGACACAGCAGUGAGCGGACAGAUUCAAACAAAAGCACAGACUCUGGUAGAGAUUCGGUGGCGGACUCUGGCAUGGGAUCGGAGCCUGAAAGUGAUUCAAACAAGCAGCCGGACAGCCUGUCAGAGGAGGAGCCCUCCACUCCCCGAGUUGUGCCGCCCAGCCCUAGAUAUCAGCUGUUCCUUGACAAUGAGUUGAAGACCAACGGCUUGAGUAGCAGGGAUGCAGAUGGCCCGGGAGGCGGAGGGUCGCUGGGGGAGAAUGGCUCCAGGCUGUCCCGGUGGGAGACCACACGACCAGGGUUGAACAACUACCUAGGGUCCAUGGAGUCCAUCGCCUCACGGGACUUUGACAUUGAUCGGGCAAGUGUGACUGAAAGCCCCUCUCGAGUGUUCCACAGUCCCUACAGCAUGAACACGAACGCACACAACUUGACGGGAAUGAUGUCUCCUGCCACCUCAGAGUUGAACCUGCACACCUACAGUCGUAGUGACAGUCCAGUGCUGAUGACGGGGCCCACCAUAAUCCCCCCUCGCACGCGAUACUCCGCAUAUGAUGCUCUCCUGAAGAGGAGGAACGACGUCCCCAACCCUGUGAUACCCCAACACUACAGCUUACGAUCUACCACACUGGGGGGCCCCAACAGAAAAGACUUCAUUGAGGAAUUGACCAAACAGCUGGAUGCCUGUCAGAAGCGUAACCAGUUUCUGGAGGCAGAGAGUGUGGAGAUGGAGAAAGAGCGGAACCAGAUCAGGUUCGAAAUGCGCGGCCUGCUAGUGAACAACGAAGACCUGCUGAGAACCAACACUCAGCUGGCCAAUGAGAUGAAAAGACAGAGAGAGCAGAUAUUGGAGAUGGAGAGAACCAAUCAGAUCCUGGCAGAGAAGCACAGAGAGAUGGAGAUUGAGGUAAAGCAGGCCCGCGACAUGAUGUUGGAGGCCAAUACUCAAGAGUACGCCUUCAGCUUCCUCCAGCAGACCCUUAAAAACAAGAUCCAGGAUGCUGAGGAGUGCCUGGAGAAGCAAACGCAGCACUCUCAGACUCUGGCAGAGAAGUUAUGGCUUGCAGAGAGACAGCUGGAGGAGCUGGAGGUGGACAAAGACAGCAAACACAAGAAGACGUCUGAACUCAACAGCACCAUCCACAGACUGGAGGAAGAGCUGGCCGAGGCCCUGCAGAUGUCCUCCCAGUCCACAGCAGAGUUCAACCUGCAACAGAAAUUGCGUCAGGAUGCCCAGCUGAGGGUGGAGGAGCUGGAGGAGUCUUUGCUGGAGAAGGAGCAAGAGCUGCAGAGACUUCAAGCUAUUGUCAACCGGUUGCAGGGAGAGGUGUCAGGUAAGCUGAUUGACAAGGAGCGCACGCUGGAGGAGGAGAUCCAGCUGAGGGAGAGGCUUCAGCUGCAGUGCAAGCAGGCGGAGAGGACAGUGGACGACCUUCACAUGGAGCUGCAGACCACCAUCCAGGCCAGAGAUGACCUCGCCAAACAACUCAAGCAGGCUCAGGAGAAAAUGAUUGACCUCGAGAGUGAUGUGGAGGAGCUGCAUGACAGCGAGCAGCGAUGGGCCGCCAAGCACAAGAGAGCUAUUGAACAGACUGAGCAGCUGCAGCUGAAGCUGAUUCAGGAAAAAGAUCUGAACGACCAGCUGGAAACUGAGAAGGCCAUCAUGGAGCGUCAGUAUCGUGAGCUGCGUGUGGAGUUGGACGACUUUCAGAGCGCCAAACCUUCAGAUGAUAUCAUCUCCAAGACGGAGACCCGAGUCAAAGAGCUGGAGAAUGCUCUCAGAACUGAGGAGAGGAGUAAAGCUGUCCUUAACAACACCAUUGGUAAACUGGAGAGGAGGAUCAAUGAGCUUGGAGAUCAGAUGGAGGAGGAGCACAGGAUAGCUGCUGAGCAAAAAGACCUGAUGACGCAGAGAAUCCGCUCUCUCAAGCGCCAGCUAAACGAGGCAGAGGAAGAGGCGAGCCGGAGAGACGCUCAGUUGCGUCACAGCCAACGGGAGCUGGCCGAGGAGAGGGAGUCCAACGGACGACUUCAGAGGCAACUGCUCGACCAACACCUGCAGAUAAAUCGAAAGGAUACUCUGACCAUUCGUCAGACUCUAGAUAACCUGCGGCUGGACCUCAGCGUUGACGAUGACGAUGAAGUAGAGCCGAAACAGCAAGAGAAGAAAGAAGAGAAAGUGCCGGAACAGAUCAGUAAGGUCACCGAGGUUUAACACAGCCCGACGUCCGCGUGUUAGACCAGAGUGAGGAGGAUCCCGGCGGGCGUGCACUGUCAGCGCCUUCAACACACACCUGCAUCAGAACAUAGUAUUAAAUAUUGCACGCUGCUUUCAUGGGGGCCCCGCUUCUCGUAGAAAUCAUGCAGACAUUCGUAACGUACCACUGCCACGUCACAGAGCACGUGUGCAUUCAUUCACUAAUUAGCCGUACAGCGACAUGAAAUUCUUUACGGUUUAAGUGCACAUUGGAAUAGCAAACAAUCCGCUGCACAAAAUGUUACAUGCUGACCAGAAUGAUGCCUCCUUUGUUCUUUUACAUGUACAUCUCUAAAAGGUGUGUAUGUACACAAUGUACCCACACGCCAAAAACAUUACAGCCACUUAUGUCAUCCAAUUAGGGAUGCACCGAUACACGUUUUCACUUCUGAUCCAAUUCCAAUACCUGACUUUGGAUAUCUGUCAAUAAUACAGUGGAACCCGCUUAAGUCGACAACCCGACAACUCAUCAAGUCCCGGCCCACCGUGUUCUUCUACCUGCUUAGGUCGACAUAGACAUACAUAGUCCACCACUUUUGUUGGCAUAUAGUUUGAGACCCAAAGGGGUCAUUCCCAUGAUAAAGAGCUCAGUUGGUAACUUCAUCGUUAUCACCAGCAGCGACAUAACUACUGUCCAGUUGAACAUGGAAACAUGCACACAGUGACUUCCUGUUGCAUACCUUUCAACCCGUAUUUCGACCUUCUCUCACAAUAUUUGAACUUUCCUCAAAAAAACAAACAAAGGUGACGGCAUCCGUGUUUGAACCACAGCAAGCUCCAAGAACAACUCUCGAGGUCGCCCUCAGAUGGGCUCACACACAGGAAGUGCAAUCACGUCGAUCCUCCAUACAUCUCGGGAGUUCCACUCUUCCUUCACUCCGCUCAGGAGCUCCCGUGCCUGCUCCACACCAUCAAACAUCAGGCAGAUGUCAUCUGCGUAGUCCAGGUCUGCAAGGACUACAGCAGGGAUUCUUCUUGACCUCCUAGGUGUAGUGGUGAAGCCAAGCUCCUGCUCCCGCCCAGUAACGGCUUACCCAUCCCGCGUUAUCACAUUGGCUCUUGUGUCCCUGUACAUGGCUUCUAUCGCCCGAUGCAGGUUGGGAGGCUUUAGGCCAUAGGCUUUAGGGCUUUUAACUGGCAUGCUUUUAUUUUGAAGCUUAUUUUACACUGAACUGGAUAUACCUGUCAAUAUUUGUAUUUGAAAAAAAGGGUAAUUAUCCGGAAAAUAAGGGAAUAUAUGGGAAAUAUUUUCACAUUUCCCUUUCCAAAUGCAAAUGUUGAAGUAUAGUAUAUCAUGUUCAGUGCAAAAUGAGCUUCAAAAUAAAAGCAUGUCAGUACUAACUUUCUACCACAGCAACCAAAACAAUGUACCCAUUUAUUUAUUAGGUUGAAAGCUACCGGAAGAAAGAUUCGAUCUAUCUAUCUAACUAUCAUUACCACAGCAGCUCUGUUAGAUAAAAGUAUACAAUAUUGUAUGAAAACAGAAGAAUUCCAAUAAAAAUACACACACAACAGGUUCAAAAAUGCUUCAUGAUCACCUAUUCUCUAAAAAAAAAAAAAAGUGCUAUUCUAUUUUUGAAAAUGUGUUUCAUAAUUUAAAAAAAAAACACAUUAGGACCUGUGAUUAAAACUUGAAUUUGUUAUUUGAUGUACUCGAUGCAAUCAUUUAGUCCACGAAAUCCAUUCUAGAUAGAUUUUCCCACGGAAGCUUGGUGACAAUCCACAUUGGUCAUACUGGUUGCUCACAUCUUGCAGGGUUGUGACAGAAAACGGCAUAAAAGCGAAGAGAGGGAAAAAAAAAUCACACAAUAAUUUAUAGUGAAUGUAUUUUGUGUUUAUGUUGUGUAUGUCAUUGGUGUUUUUCUGGAUUUUCUGUCUUUUCUAAUCACUUGAGGGGGUACAUGUGAUUUUAGAGAAUGAAACAUAUAUGUACAUAUACUUCUAAAGUGCUGACUCAAGUAUUUUAUGGGGUGUAACUGCUGCACGGAACUUACUUAUUGUGCCUCGUAUCAAGAAAAACAAAACAAAACUCAUCAACAUGUGCUUUAACAUCCAGACUGUAAAAGAAAGGUUUCAUCGCAGGAUUUUAAAAAAAGUACUUAAAUGAGUACAUUUGGAUUGUUAAAGUCAAUAUUUAGUUUCAGGCCAUUGAGUUUUGUGUUCUUUGAGCCGACCAAGUCCACCUUUAUUUUUACAUAUAUGCAAUAUAUUAUAAACCUAAUAUUCAGAUCUAAUCUGGAUUAUCUAUUUUGUUUACAUUUGCUGGUGUAUUUUACUGUUCAUGCUGUUAGGAAUACAUUCAUUUUGGUUCAUGACAUCGCUAUCAUAUUUUAUUGCUGGUUUUUCUGCAUCACACAAGCUAUUUACAUUUACACAUUAAAUGGUACUAGUAUUCCUUUUUUUUUUUUUUGCAAUAACACACAUGUAUGCUGGUUCUGCUGGAUAUUUAUUGUUUUUCCACAUUCUCUCUUUGGUGAGAAGUUCCCUAAAUAAAUUCUUCUCCACAG